AUGCCUCCACCAAAUCCUGCCAACGAUGAAGCUCACCAGCAGCUAUUGAACACCCUAGACAUUUCCCAUGUCCCGAAGCCCUUCCGCAACCCACACUGGAAACCGUCCCAGCGGCGCAACAAGAACCUCAAGCAGAUUAUCUCAGAGGCCUCCCGAAAGGAGGCAUCAGUGUUGGCGACUCAGGCCAAUUCAGGGGCUCCACCAAAUCUGUCCCAGGCUACCCAAAACCUCUCGACCCUCGUCUUGGAGAAAAACGCCCGGUCGACAUUCCCAACUGGGCCCGCCGUCACUUACACGAACAUUGAAUCGGCACCAUCGUUUAACCCUGCCUACCACCAUCACUAUUGCGAUAUCACAGGCCUGAAUGGACCGUACACCGACCCGAAGACCCGGCUGCGGUAUCACGACAAGGAGAUCUUCAAGGUGAUCCGGACCUUGGCUCAGGGUGUCCCUGAAAACUACCUGGAAGCGCGCGGAGCGCACACUAUUCUGAAGUAA